GCGAUCCAUACCGUCGCCCUCCUCCCCUGCCCGGAUCGAGAAACUGAGUUCUUCAAUUUCCCUCGUUCGUCUUCGAAAAACCUAGAGACCACCAUGGAUCUCCUCCAAAGCUACGCGGACAAGAGCGACGAAGAAGACGGAGAGCCAGAAGAAUCGCGACGAGAAGAAGGAGAAGAGAAGGGAGGAGAAGGAGGAGGAGGAGAAGGCGAUGUUGCGGCGGCGGCCCCUGCCUCGCCGGACUCGGACUCCUUCGCCUCCCCUCCCCGGCUCCUCCCGGCCAAGUCCGCUGCCCCGCGGGUGGACGACACCACCCUCGCCCUAUCCGCCGCCGGCACUGCCCGUUCCCUCCACCGCCCCAUCGAUCCGGCUGAGCACGCCGUGGUCUUCAACCCCACCUACGACCAGCUCUGGGCCCCCAUCUACGGCCCCGCCCACCCCUUCGCCAAGGACGGCGUCCCCCAGGGCAUGCGCAACCACAAGCUCGGCUUCGUCGAGGACGCCUCCAUCCACUCCUUCCUCUUCGAUGCGCAAUACAACACCUUCCACAAGUAUGGCUACGCUGCCGACCCCUCUGGCCUCUCCUAUGUUGGCGACGUCGACACCCUCGACCGCAACCAGGCCCUCUCCGUCUACAACAUCCCCCAGCAGGAGCAGAAGCGCCGCCGCCUCCAGAUGAAGGCGGCCGCCGCCGAGGAAGACCCCGACUCCACCGCCGCCGCCGCCGCCGGCGACGGCCCUGACGUCGACAACCCUUCCUCCGAGGAGUGGCUCCUCAAGAACCGUAAGAGCCCCUGGGCCGGGAAGAAGGAGGUGGUCCAGGGCGAGCUCACCGAGGAGCAGAAGAAGUACGCCCAGGAGCACGCCGAGAAGAAGGCCGAGAAGGAGAGGGGUGGCGAGGGGAGAGGAGACCGGGUCGAGCAAGUCGACAAGAGCACCUUCCAUGGGAAGGAGGAGCGCGAUUACCAGGGCCGGUCGUGGAUUGCACCUCCGAAGGAUGCCAAGGCCACCAACGACCACUGCUACAUCCCCAAGCGGUGGGUACAUACGUGGAGCGGCCACACGAAGGGCGUUGCCGCCAUCCGGUUCUUCCCCAAGUAUGGCCACCUCCUCCUCUCGGCCGGCAUGGACUCAAAAGUCAAGAUUUGGGAUGUCUUCAAUUCGGGCAAGUGCAUGCGGACCUAUAUGGGCCACUCGAAGGCGGUCCGGGACAUCUGCUUCUCCAAUGAUGGUGCCAAAUUCUUGAGUGCCGGAUAUGACAAGAACAUCAAGUACUGGGACACCGAGACUGGGAAGGUAAUCUCGACCUUCUCCACUGGGAAGACUCCCUACGUGGUGAAACUUAACCCCGAUGAAGACAAGCAGAGCAUUCUUCUUGCAGGGAUGAGUGAUAAGAAGAUUGUUCAGUGGGACAUGAAUAGUGGUGAGAUAACGCAAGAGUAUGAUCAACAUCUUGGGGCUGUGAAUACCAUCACAUUCGUGGAUAAUAACCGGAGAUUUGUUACUUCGAGUGAUGACAAGUCCCUUCGUGUGUGGGAGUUUGGAAUUCCAGUGGUUAUAAAGUAUAUAAGUGAGCCACACAUGCAUUCCAUGCCAUCAAUCUCUGUCCAUCCCAAUUCAAAUUGGCUGGCAGCACAGAGCUUGGACAAUCAGAUACUUAUAUAUGGCACAAAGGAAAGGUUUCAACUGAAUAAAAAGAAGAGAUUCGCAGGGCACAUUGUGGCAGGUUAUGCUUGCCAGGUGAAUUUUUCCCCAGAUGGACGGUUUGUUAUGUCAGGGGAUGGAGAGGGGAAGUGCUGGUUUUGGGAUUGGAAGAGCUGCAAAGUUUUUAGGACUUUGAAGUGCCAUGAAGGAGUGUGCAUUGGGUGUGAGUGGCAUCCAUUGGAGCAGAGCAAGGUAGCAACUUGCGGAUGGGAUGGCAUGAUCAAAUAUUGGGAUUAGUUAUCCAGGCACUCUUAAACUUAGAUGAUGAGGCUCAUCUCAAUCGUUUGGACGGAAGCCUGCACACUUUCCUUUGAGUGCUUGAAGUUCCAUUCCAGUUUUUUAUAGAUACCAGCUGUGUUAAUUUGCCUCAGAUCAUGGCAAUACCAUCAAGUUUUCAAGCUAUCUGCAUUAGCUAUGGUGGACUUGGCUGCUAACUCUCUGAAGCUGUUUGUCAUUGUUACAGGCAUCGUGCCAUUGAACAAUGUAGUUCGUGUACACUUUAAGCUGUAUUUCUCCAAUCUAUGCCGCUCAAAGAAACAAUAUAUAUCCAGAAAUUGUUUCAUUUAUGACAUAAUGGUUAGUUUUAUUUGUGGCCUCUAGCGCAUGAUGGGAUCAUUCUGUAUUUA